GGCGGGAAAGGCGCGCGGAGUUCCGAGGCCGCCGCGGGCGUUGGGCGCAUCGGCCGUGAUCCGAGAUGGCGGAGGACUUGAAUGAUUUUAAAAAAGACUACAGACCAAGAUUCUGCCAUGGAGGAGGAAAUAAGAUUGAUCUACGCCAAAGCCAAAGCUUAGUGAAACUCAUACAGGAUUGUUUUGAAAGUUACAGCAGACGUGUUGCAAGGAACUCUCCAAGUUGCUCAACCUUUAUUUUGGAAAAUGAGGAGGGGACUUCAAUGCAGAGCCAAGGGCCCAAGCCAGAGUCAUCAAGCUCUGUGAAAAGAACCUCUAAGUCUCCAGAAAUCUCACCUGUGGCACCGCUAAAACAUGUCAGCAGCACAGGACAGGCUUGUGAAUCACACGUGAAGUCUGCAACAGACGAUUAUGUAGCUACUGCUGAAAAAACAGAGUCUUCUGCAUCUAAAAGUGAAGAAAAGAGUACAAAAAAAGAUGUUGAAGCACAGUGCCAGUGUCGGGAUGUGCUUUUGGGCUCUAAGGAUAAUUGUGGGUCUGCUACAUCCCAUUCUCCUGUGCAGUAAGUGAAAAGUUCUCCUGUCGUUAAAUUGUGUUUUGAUAACUGGUGUAUGCCAGCUGUAACAGAGAGCCGUGGAGAAGUUAAAAAUUUGGAAGGGCCUCAGCCUGGAAGAGAUGAGCAGGUUCUUCCUGUACAAGGAACAGAACGUGUUACUGCAUCAUCUGCCCGGACUGAGAAACCUUUCUCUUCAGCUGUCUUAGCAGCUGUAGCAACAAGAACACUUGGACAGAGUUAUUCAACCUCUGUAUCACCUCCAUCAUCUUGUCCUAUGAAACAUCAAGAUAUGGAAAUAGAAGAUGAAUGUGAAUUUUUAAUUGAUGAAUCAAGUGAUGCAUCUUCUACUUCUUGGAUUUCAAUACCCACUAAGAAGAAAAAAUCAAAAAGUGAUGGCUCUUCAACUCGCAUUUCUAAAUCUCAGCCCUCUGAAAAGGAGAAGACUCAGAAUGAGAAAGUCAAGGACAGAAAAGUACAGGUUAAAGCACUUACUAAACAGAAACAGGAUCAUCUGAAUGUUGGAACUUUCGACUUGAAAGAAAUGUCAGAGUCAGAUCCAAUCCCUAAUAGUGAAGAAAAUGUCCUUACAUCUCAAAGCCGAAAGAGUACUCAUACAGGAAAGACUAAAAAGGAUGCACUUAGACAAGACUGUCUAAACCAGGAAAAGAACACAUCCCGGAGUCCACAAGCUGAAGAACUGAUGUCAACAAAACCAUCUGAUGAAGAGCAAUGUAAAACAAGGAUGCUGCCAAGUGAGGAUUUGCCAAUGCCUCCAUCUGGGCAUCAGGAACAGCAGACUGUGUCACUAAAAAAGUCUCUCAGGUCUUCCGAGAAUCUGCAGUUAAAUUCUGAAGCUUCUCAGGAUUUAGGUAAGAAGAAACAAACUGCUGAGCAGGAACUUCCAAAAGUCAAAGAAGCUAAGAGAGGGACAGUAAAUCCAAGGAAGAAGCCUAGGAAAUCUGUCCAGCAAAGUAGUAGUAAAAAGCCUCAGUUACAAAGAGAGGAGAGUUCUGACAGUGAAUCUGGUGAAGAAGAGCUUGAAAGAGAGCCUGUAGAAUUGAAUGAAGUGUGCACCACAUCCUUGGGUCAGAAAUUAGAGACUCCUGUGAUUCAGAAGUUGGCUAGGUCUUCAUUGACUAAAUCUAAAAAGCCUAGAAAUGUAUUGCACUCACCAGAGUCACCUGGUGGUGCAAAUAACAGGACUGCUCUAAUACCCCUCCAGCAUCCCAUGGAGAGUGUGAAGAAUCCUGAAAACAAACGGUUGUCUGCCGAGUCUUCAGGGAUGAUUCCAAAUAAAAUUCCACGUAGAACCAAUAAAGCUCUUUCCUCAAGCUCUGAAGAUUCUGAGUCUCAAACAAAUUCUUGCAGCUCUUCUGUACAGGAUGUGGCAAGGAAAAGACCUAAGUUACCAGAUGUGAAAAUAAAAAGUAACAAAAGAAAACGUGACAGGCAGCAUGGACCACAGGAUUCCUUUGUAGCUGGGAAGAUUUUGAAUUGCGAAAGUGGGCCUGUUCUAGAAGACUCUGAUCUAUUUACAUCCAGCACUGAGUCUUCUGAACAGGAUGAUACAUUUUCAGAUAGUUCUGAAGAGUUGAAUUACAAAUUAAGACGUCUGUUGUCAGAUGAAGUAGCAAGGCAUAAAAUAGUUAUGCCUUCCAACACACCUAACGUUCGUCGGACUAAAAGGAUACGGCUGAGACCUCUGGAAUACUGGAGAGGAGAACGCGUAAAUUAUACUAUGGAUCCUUCAGGAACGCUUGUGGUUAGUGGAGUAGUGAAUCCAGAAACAGAAUCUCUCAGGGAGAGUAAAAAGAGGAAGAAGGAUCAUCCCAAGGAGAAAACAAAUACAAUAAAUAUGAGAGAGAUACCUUCAAGUUUGGACCACAGUCUAGCUGAUGUGUCUAAGCCAGCCAUUGUACUUGAUCCAGUAACAAAUAAGGAAGUGCUUCUAGAUUGUGUAAGCACUGCAAGCUGCGUUUCUUAUCAUCGAAGUGAUGAUGCGGCUGAAAUAUACAAAGAUUUGAGUACAUCUUAUUUUGCAACUGGUGUGUUGGUUCUGAAACCAUUAAAAGUAAAAGGGCGCCAAUUUGUCUACACAAAUACAAUAGCUUUUCGCAUUCUGCAUGGCCAAGUGAUUGUAACAAUACAUAAGACAUCAUAUUACCUGGCUACAGGGGACUCCUUCUAUGUUCCAGCAGGAAAUGAAUAUGACAUAUGUAAUCUUCUGAAUGAACCAAGUGUUUUUGUCUUCACACAAUUCAAAAAGAGAUGAAGAACUUUCUGCAAAGAAGUUUGCUUAAACAUUUGGCAAAUUUUUGUAUGUUCUGAAGUUCUUUUUACGUUCAAAAAUGUUUGAGUGGGCCCACCCUAAGGUUACAGAUAAAUACAUAGCAGCUGAAAUCAACAUAAGAAGGGUUGAGGAAUAAAACCCAAAAGAAUGCUGGUAGUUUGCUGUCAAAUUGAAAUGACAUAAUUAAAGGGCCUUUGUUUUCUUCAGUUAGUAACUAACAAGUGCCAAGUUGAAGAAAAGCAUUUGCAAUGCAAUCCAGACUAACAGUGAACAGGUCAUGCAGUGCACUAAUGUUUCAAGGAACAACUUUGUGCAAGUGGCUGCAACAAGUACAACGUCCAUGUAACUGAAUGAACUUAGCAACAUUCAGUAGUUAAGUCCUACUGUGAAGAGCAACAGAUUUACAUCUCCUUGCAAGAUAAUUCAACUGAAUUUAUCUUCACCUGUAACAGACUUUUCUUCCUGCCUUUCAAAAACCAGACCCUAAUGAGGACAGAUGCCAGCAAAGGACUAAGGGCUGUGCUUGAAGCCCCAUCUACUGACAAAUACUAAAAUUGAGCUAAACCAGAGCAAUAUUCCAGAGAACAUUCCUUGGUAAACCUGAUAUUGCUUCUUAAGAAAAAAAAAAAAAAA